GGAGCAAAAUUCAUUGGAACAUUUCCCAUCCCGGACACCUAUAACCCAGAUGAUGACAAAAUCUAUUUCUUUUUCCGAGAAAUAUCACAAGAUAGUGGCACCUCUGACAAGACAAUCCUUUCCCGAGUUGGGAGAGUUUGUAAGAAUGAUAUGGGAGGUCAAAGGAGCCUAAUAAACAAGUGGACUACUUUUCUGAAAGCCAGGCUUGUGUGCUCAAUACCUGGUCCUGAAGGAGCAGACACACAUUUCGAUGAGCUGCAAGAUAUAUUCUUACUUUCUACAAGAGAUGAGAGAAACCCACUUGUAUAUGGCGUCUUCACUACAACAAGCUCUGUCUUCAAGGGCUCUGCAGUUUGUGUGUACAGCAUGGCAGAUAUCAGAGCCGUUUUCAAUGGCCCUUACGCUCACAAAGAGAGUGUGGAUCAUCGAUGGGUACAAUAUGAAGGUCGUAUCCCGUAUCCCAGACCUGGUACAUGUCCAAGCAAAACCUAUGAUCCGCUUAUAAAAUCUACCAGAGACUUUCCCGAUGAUGUCAUUAGCUUUAUUAAACGCCACCCGCUGAUGUACAAAUCCGUUUACCCAGUGACGGGAGGACCAGUAUUCACUCGAAUCAACGUGGACUAUCGGCUGACACAGAUUGUAGUGGAUCACGUCAUGGCAGAGGAUGGGCAAUAUGAUGUCAUUUUCCUAGGAACAGACAUAGGCACAGUCCUGAAAGUUGUGAGUAUCACAAAGGAGAAGUGGACUAAAGAGGAAGUGGUCCUAGAAGAGCUGCAGUUAUUCAAGCACCCUUCAUUUAUCUCAACCAUGGAGAUUUCUCAGAAGCAGCAACAAUUGUACAUUGGUUCCAGGGAUGGAUUGGUUCAGCUCUCCCUACACAGAUGUCACACGUAUGGGAAGGCUUGUGCAGAUUGCUGCCUUGCCAGAGACCCAUACUGUGCCUGGGAUGGAAAUUCCUGUUCCAGAUAUGCCCCCACUUCUAAAAGGCGAGCCAGAAGGCAAGAUGUCAAAUAUGGAGACCCUGUUGCACAAUGCUGGGACGUGGAAGACAGCAUUAGUCAUGAAACUGCUGAUGAAAAGGUGAUUUUUGGCAUUGAAUUUAAUUCAACUUUUCUGGAAUGUAUUCCUAAGUCCCAGCAAGCCUCUAUUAGGUGGUAUAUUCAGCGCUCUGAAGAAGAACAUCGAGAAGAGGUGAAGGCUGAUGAUAGAAUCAUCAAAACGGAGCAUGGGCUGCUCAUCCGCAGCUUGCAAAGAAAGGAUGCGGGAGCCUAUUUCUGCAAAGCCCAGGAGCACACCUUUGUCCAUACCAUUGUGAAGCUGAAUUUAAACGUCAUUGAAAAUGGGCAAAUGGAAAGCACUCAGAAAACUGAGGACGAGGACGGCCGGAUGAGGGAUUUGCUGACUGAGUCCCGGCUGAGGUACAAGGACUACAUCCAGCUGGUCAGCAGCCCCAGCUUUAGCCUGGAUGAGUACUGUGAACAAAUGUGGCACCGGGAGAAACGGCGGCAGCGGAACAAAGGUGGUGCCAAAUGGAAGCAUGUACAGGAGAUGAAAAAAAAACGAAAUCGAAGGCACCAUGAGCCAGCCAGGCCACUGUCUACGUAGUCUGUAAAUGCUAUUUAAAGAAAGGACAUUUUCCACAAAAAAAAAAAAUACUGUGUUCUGGUUUUGUGCAUCUUGCCUAUGAUUUAGUACUGCUUCUUAUUGAAAUGAGGUAACUCACCAUCACUAUUAAUCUGUGUGAGACUGUACAAUGGGAUUCGAUACCAAAUGAGAUGUUCCUUAUUGGAGUACCACACACUAGGCAAUAAUUUCGAAUGCUUUCAUUAAAAGGAAAACUUGUACACUUUUAGCUAAUUUCAGGGUAGCCUGAGGCUACGUGAGCUAUGUUCUGUUCUUUCUGCAUAAUUCUCACAUAGGAUUUUA